AUGGUGUUCAACGGGAAGCCAUCUCGGGCCUGCGCUCAUUGCAGACGGAGGAAACUUCGCUGCGAUCUUCGCAAAGAUGCUUGUAGCCAAUGUGUGAGAGCCGGCCUAAUGUGCUCGGGCUACCGCGACCCCGAUCAAUUAAGAAUCCGAGAUGAGAGCCAGACAGUCAUGCGUAAAGCUCAAGGCAUGCCCGCAACACCAAUAGCAAGUAGUAUCGACACCCCACUUGUUGACAGAGCGAGGGCGGCCUUCUUCUCUCAUUACGUCCUUGGAUUCACCAAAACCUAUGAUGUCCUCGAACGGAUUGGUCGACAAGCUCCGCUGGAAAAGCAGUUAGCAGCCAGUGUUGAUGCUGUGAGCUUGGCUUUCUUUUCUUUUCAGUAUGACGCUGCAUCUGCACUCAAGGCUUCCCGGGAGAUGUAUUUGUCCGCGCUUUCGCUGGUCAAAAGUGCUGUGGCUACUACAGAGUCCCUUGCGUCUGACUCAACACUGUUGGCGGUACUCUUUCUCGACCUGUUUGAAAAGAUAACCAAUCGCAAUCCCAUCUCAUCUGAAUCAUGGAUGAGCCACGUCAAGGGUGCUUUGGCUCUUGUUAAACUGCGCCGCCCACAGCAGCUGGAAACUUACACCGGUCUACGGCUGUCGGUUCGGCUAUUCACCAAUAUGCUUAUAAGCUGUGUCGCAGGUGACUUUCCGAUUCCGCCUGCGUUGAUCAGACUCCGCUCUGAUUUACAACCAUAUGUCGACGCGAAAGACCCCAAAUGGCGGGUCUCUGGUCUGGUGAUGAAGUAUACCGACUUUCGCGGAGCAGUAAAGGAAGGCCUUCUAGCGUCCUCUGAAAUCAUAAUGCAAGCAAAGAGGCUGGAUAGCGAGUUUGGUUCCCUUGCCAGGGACCUGCCACCAGCUUGGAUCUCUCACAGGAUCACGGUGCUGGAGGCCUCUUCUGGUAUACUGGAACAGUACUACGACGUCUAUCCAGACUACUUUACCGCGCAGACUUGCAACGUCAUCCGUAUCAUGCGGAUCCUGCUGAACAACCUCAUCCGCACGACAUAUGUGAGCGUCAUCUCAGGCAGCAUUGGUGUUCAUCCCAACGGGUUGAAUGUGGCGUUCGCUUCUCAUAUAAUCGACACCAUGGCGAAAGAGAUCUGUGCCACGGGGCCACAAUUCACGCAAAAGCUGACCCAUUCUUCGCCCCUUCGAAGAUUACACUGUUACACACUUCUCUUUCCGUUCUAUGUGGCUGCCAUGUUUGCAAGUCCAGAGACAAAGGUUCGGGACUGGGUGGUCCAGCAAUUGAAAUGCAUAUCCAGCAACUCUGCUAUGAGAAAUGCCAGCGUGGUUGCUGAAAAACUUGAGAAGCGACAACAUGCGAACCUUUGGUCCUUGUAUGCGAUUCUUGGGAGCUACGCUUUCGCAGCAUAG